AUGGCAGACAUAUUAAGCAAACCUAGACAUGUUUCCCAUACUUUGUAUAAAUUACAUGAUUGGAUAGAGAAGGGAAUGAUAAAUGUUAGUCCUGAAUUUCAACGAGUUUUAAAAACACCAGAUAUCAAACAAUCGCACUUGAUCGAUUCUAUCCUCAAGAAUUAUUACAUUCCUCCAGUUAUUUUUUCAUGCAAGAAGAUAGAUGAAAAUCGUUGGACGCGAAUAUGUAUUGAUGGAAAGCAAAGAUUAACAUCAAUUCAUAGAUUCAUGAAAAAUGAAAUACCUCAUUUGGUGCCUUCCCAGAGAGCUGUUUCGAAGCGUUACUUCUCGAAUCAGAAAGGAGCAAAAUUAAUAUCCGACACUGAGAGGGAGUUGUUUGAAUGUUCAGAAAUUGUUUGUAUUGAAUAUUAUGAUCUAACACAAAUGCAAGAACGAGAAAUCUUUAGUCGCGUUCAACUUGGAAUUUCAUUAACUCCAGCGGAAAAACUUUGGGCAAUCAGUAGUACGAUGUCAGAUUUUUUGCAUAGAACUUAUGAAACUUACAAAGUUGUUGCACAGAUCAUGGAUACAAAACGCGGGAAAUUAUUUCAUGUCAUGGCACAGCUAUUUUUCAUUAUUGAAAACGAACCGGAAAAAUUCAACGCAAGACCUAAAAUCAUUGAAAAAUACUUGAGAAAUACUCGUGAAAUUCCAAUUCACCUUCAGGAAACCAUCAAACGUGUUUUUGACACAAUGAAAUUAUUGAUAGAAAUCGAUUCCGAUAUUUUUCAACAAAAUCAUCGGUUAUCACCUAUUGAAUUCGUUUUCAUUGCCUGGAUUAUCGCAAAAAAUCCAAAUAUCUCUUUAGCCAAAUAUCAGGAAUGUUUACUCAAAAUGAAGAGACAUGUAAGAGAACAUCAUGAAGAUACACGGUUCAAUGACAAGGUUUAUUCAACAUUGAAAAAAUUCAUGGAUAAUCUUGACCUGGAAGAAUCUAAUGAAUCAUCGUCUGAUAUCGAUUCUCCUUCAAAGAAGCGAAUUAAAUCCAUGUGA